AUGGACCAAUUACCACCCCUCGGCAAAUCCAUACAAGACAUCGUCCUCCCAACCUUCAAAAUCUACAGCCCACUACUACAGAUAAACGCCGACUUCAUCCGAUCCUGUCGAAGAGCAACGUUCACAUACGGCGACCACGAACGGCAGAAACUCGAUGUCUACUUCGCACCUGAACCUGCAGUGAUCAAUGGCCGACGACCAGUCCUCAUGUUCGAGUAUGGCGGUGGUCUUGUCCAAGGCAGCAAAUCACUGCCCGCCUUCCCGGACGAUCUUGUGCAUGCCAACGUCGGCGCGUACUUCGCCUUGAAGCACGGCUAUAGUGUGGUGAUUGCGGACUACAGACUCAUGUCUCACGGCGCCAAAUUCCCUUCCGGCGGCGAGGAUCUUGCAAAGGCUGUCGAGUCAAUAGUCGAGAACGAGUCCGGGUCUGGGACAGAGCCGAUCGAUCUGUUCAUGAUGGGGAAUUCUGCUGGUGGGAUUCAUCUCUCGACUUUCUUGCUACAUCCAGACUUCGUGGAGACGAGACGGAAGGUGUUAAGUGGCAACGGGACGCGGCUGAGAGGAGCUGUAUUCCUAUCAGUACCUUUCCACUUCGACUCUGCUCAUCCCGAGCGCGCGAAGACGCUUCAGGCAUACUUUGGCGACUAUAACGCAAAUUCACCGCUGGGUAUACUCAAGUCAGCUUGCAAAAAGAACAUGCCACCGGACUUCGUAAAAGCUGGUGCUAGAGUAUUGGUGCUUGAUGCCGAGCUCGAUCCGGAAGACGAGAUCCUGAAGCCACGAGAUGCGUUUGUGGAAGAGUGGCUACGGAGUGCCGAUCCUACAAUGCGUGGUGCGCUAGCUGUCGACCAAAUGCCCAGACACAACCAUAUCAGUCCUUUCGUCAGCUUGGGCACGGGUAUUGAGCAGGAAGAGGCAUUUGGCGCGCAAGUGGUGGCGUACUUCGACAAUAUCAGGAAGUUCGCGCCGUUGUAG